AUGGCAACACAAGCACCAAACGCAGCUUACUUAUUAGCAAUAUACGCGGCUAAUACGGCACGGCCUCAUCCAAAGCGACCUUUUCCCUUGGGUUUCCUCCUCCCCCGAUACAACCCACAGACCUACGGUUUCCGGCAUCAAGUCACCACGAGGAGGCUCUCUCACGCGAUAUGUGCAAGUAAUCCAUCUUACCCACCAGCACUAGCUACAAAGGUCCUCUGUGGUCUGUAA